ACAGAUAGGGGUGAAACGAAGAAGGAGAGGACACAGGGAAUUUAUGCGAAAAGUCUUAUCAGUAGCAUUGUGUGGUAACUAAAGGCUCUCACUCGCAUACUUCCAAAGAAACUGAUGCAAAAUACACUUAUCGCUGUAGCUGUCUCUCAUUAAGACACAUGCACACAACCCAGUUCUCAGGAUGCCUAAGAUAUGGGAUUUUAUCACGGAUUUCUUCACCUACGAGACGACCAAGUCGGUGGUGGUGAAGAGCAGGUCUGUUGGAAUCAUCAACCGCGUCGUACAACUACUCAUCAUCAUCUACUUCCUAUGUUGGGUCUUUUAUCACGAAAAGGCGUACCAGGUGAGAGACUCGGGCAUCGAGUCUUCGGUCAUGACCAAGGUGAAGGGCUUCGGUUACCAUAACAACCGUGUGAUGGAUGUGGCGGACUAUGUCGCCCCUACACAGGGUGCCGCAGUGUUCUGCAUUAUCACCAAGCUCAUCAUCACAGAGAACCAGUUCCAAGGAUUCUGCCCGGAGAGUGAAAGCAAGUACAAGUGUGACACGGAUGAAGAGUGCGACAAGUAUUUGGGGAGCUCCACUGGAAACGGAAUAAUAACUGGUGCCUGUGUGAACUCCUCUAAAGGACGACGCUGUGAGAUGCAGGGUUGGUGCCUUGCAGAGGACGACAAAGUCCACAUGCAACCAAUGAUGGAAGUGGAAAACUUCACCAUCUUCAUCAAGAACAGUAUCCGCUUCCCUAUGUUCAACGUUACCAGAGGGAACUUCCCAUCAUCCCUGAAUGCGACUUAUAUCAGGAGCUGUACGUAUGACCCGGAGCACAACCUCCACUGUCCCGUCUUCAAGGUGGGAGAAGUGCUGCGCUACACAGGACAGAACUUCUCCACCAUCGCUCAGACAGGUGGAGAGAUUGCGAUCAACAUUGAAUGGCAGUGUAAUCUGGAUGAGUCAGAAGAGAGAUGUGAACCACACUACUCCUUUACGCGGCUUGAUGCUGUGUUUCAGAAGAAUGGCAUCGCUAAGGGAUACAACUUCAGAUUUGCCAAAUAUUACAAAAAUGAGAAUGGGACGGAGUUCCGCACUCUCCACAAGGCCUACGCCAUCCGCUUUGACAUCCUGGUCACUGGCCUCGCAGGGAAGUUCAACACAGUUCCUACUCUGAUCAACGUAGUGGCAGCCUUUACCUCCAUGGGAUUGGGUACGGUCCUCUGUGACAUCAUUCUUCUGAACUUCCUGAAGGGGGCAGACCAAUACAAAGCCAAGAAAUUUGAGGAGGUCUCUGAGUCACAGAUACAGAUAUUACUCUCUCGAGAAGGUUGCAGGCAGCUGUCAAUCCAACCAGAGGAGAAGAUUUCAGACGACUCGGGAACUGUUUCCCUCUGCCUGGACCAGCAGCUUUGAGUGGUUUGAGGCAGGGUUUGUUCGAAGUUAAUAGGGAUUUAUUUGUAUUUCUUUUUUUUCUCCUAGUAGUACAGAAUUAGGCAAACCAUGAUUGAUGGCAAACUCCAGCACAGUAGGUGGCGGCGUGCACCUUAACAUUUUGUUUGAGAACUGCCAUUAUACCGAAGAAGAAGGAGGAGAAGAAGGAGGAGAAGAAGAAGAAGAAGAAGAAGAAGAAGAAGAAGAAGAAGAAGAAGAAGAAGAAGAAGAAGAAGAAGAAGAAGAAGAAAAAGAAGCUUUGAGUGACAGUCCACAUCAACCCAACGGCAGAGUGGAAGUUCCUGCCACACUUCCUUAGUUCAUCAGCAGCUGUUGAUAUGUUCCAUGUUCAUGUGGGUGAAGCAGUGGUGAUUUUAGCAUGUAAAUCUUGGUGGGGCAAACUCCCCAAAUUGUUUUUAGUUGCAUGCCAGCAAAGACACUACACAACACUAAACAAUACAUGAAUUACACUAUAACGGCGACAAGCUGUGCCCACAAAAUGUUAGGGCCUACAUGAAGCUGUGCCAACAGAAGAGCUUUCUUUCCAGCACAAUGGAGUGAAUCCUAACCACCGCUACACCUGCCUAUCAGCGGAGCCUUGCCUGGCAACGAAACAAUUAAUUCAGCCUUGUUUACUGCCUUUUUAAAAAACAUAGCUGAUAAAACAAAUGUGGUUUCUACUGACAAUUAAGACGUCCAAACUAUGGCAUACGGGAACGACGAGCAGAUAAUAGGUAUUCCGUCAUUUCGAUUAAGACAUUAAUGAGCAAGCGGCGAUGGAUGUAGUCAACAUAACUAUGUGUUCAGCACUUUUGAAAUGUACAGCGGCAGAAUGCAGAAGAUGGGCUGCUCUUACAGUAUUUUCCCUGUACACCAAGUCAGAACUGUAGGAUAAAUGAAGGGGGCAUAUAAGCAGACAAUGAAACCUCUUACAAUAUUAGAUGAUGACAUUUCUCAAAAACAGGUUAUAGGCUACAUGUGCAGCACCACCGAAACAGAACAGUAGCGUUAGGCGAAAUUAGAGGUGAAAAUAGACCAAAUUAUUAGGGUGAUGAACAUGGGCUACUAACCGCUUACGACACAACAUACACUUGGUAUUACUUCCUUAGCUAUAGUAUACAAAAGCUCCCUUGCAUAUUACAUCAUUUAUGCAGCAGCAUACAAGGCAUUUUUGGACUCAACUUGGCUUGUGAUGUGCUCACUUAAACAUGAAGGUGGCAUGGCGUUUUUGUCAUCAAACUUUGUCAUCAAUGUCUGUCAUUCUUUGGAUUUAUGGUGGGAAAUCACAGCCACUCCAUUGAAUAGCUGGCUACUGGUUGCGUUGCAAUGCUUGCAGUUAGCCACUGAUUCCUUCCAAACAACUCAUUGUUGAAUUUGCGAUUUCCAGCUUGUUGUGUAAUCUUUAUGUCCAAUGGCCGAUGAGCACCGAUACGUUUUAUCUAUAAUUACUCUUCAUUAUUUCUCUUCAUAUGACAAGGAUUAAAAAGGAUUUGCCAGUAGAUUGCUGACCUGAUUCGUGAUGAUUAAUGCCAACUAAGACAUUGAAAG